UCUAGCUUGCAGCCGGAGCGCUUCCUGCUGCUUGUCGCUGCUCUCAGAGUGGAACCAGCACGAAACCAGCGCUCCCAGUGAAGUCAGUCCGCCCAGCAGAGAGGGAGCAGGCCGCAGGUUCCGCGUGAACUCACCGGGACACACGGACGGACCGACGGACGGACGGCGGGAAAAUGGCGAAGACAUACGACUACCUGUUCAAGCUGCUGCUCAUCGGGGACAGCGGCGUCGGCAAGACCUGUCUGCUGUUCCGGUUCAGCGAGGACGCCUUCAACACCACCUUCAUCUCCACCAUCGGAAUCGACUUCAAAAUCCGAACGAUCGAGUUGGAUGGAAAGAAAAUCAAACUGCAGAUCUGGGACACAGCAGGUCAGGAGAGGUUCAGGACCAUCACAACGGCCUAUUACAGAGGAGCCAUGGGCAUCAUGCUGGUGUAUGACAUCACCAACGAGAAGUCCUUCGACAACAUCAAGAACUGGAUUCGCAAUAUCGAGGAGCACGCCUCUGCGGACGUGGAGAAAAUGGUUCUGGGAAACAAGUGCGACAUGAACGACAAGAGACAAGUGUCCAAGGAGAGAGGAGAGAAGCUCGCCAUCGACUACGGCAUCAAGUUCCUGGAAACAAGCGCCAAGUCCAGUAUCAACGUGGAGGAGGGCUUCUACACGCUCGCCAGAGACAUCAUGGCCAGGCUCAACAGGAAAAUGAACGACAACAACCCGUCAGGUGGAGGUGGGCCCGUCAAGAUCACAGAGCCCCGCUCCAAGAAGAGCCUGUUCAGGUGUUCGCUGCUGUAGGCGGAGCCUCAGCUCAGACCUCCUCCUCCUCCUGCAGCAGGAGCUGAGGAACAACCUGUGGACAGUUUAGAAGCCUGCUGUGACUCCUCCUCCUCCUCCUUUUCUUCUUCUUCUUCUGUUUUCUUGUUGUCUGCUGUCAGCUCAGCAGUUGGAGGCUGAGCCAACGCAGCAUCUCAGUGUUUGUUGCAGCGAGAACACGGAGGCGACGAUGAUGAUGAUGGCGAUGAAGGACAAGGCCGAUGACUGUUUGUACCAAAGUGGGUGGAGCUGUGGCUCCGCCCUCUCCUCUGAUUUUACGCGUUGAGUCUGAAGCAUUUAAGGAUCAGACAUGUAGCAGACUCUUGCAGAGGCUUCAGUCCAACUCUUACAGCAACUGACCAAUCACAGACCAGCGGCCUGGACUACGAAGCAGGUAACCAAGGAUACGAGGUGCGAUUAAAGAGUUCAGCCAGGCGGUAACAUUCACAGUCCUGAGUCAGUGGGAGUCUAAGAGAACAGGCGGGUAUCCACCUACUGCAGCGUGGACAUCAGCAGCUCCACAAUCACCCGCGAUGACGGCUGGAUCUCGCUCGGGUCUCUGUUCUGUCUGCAUCUACAAAUCCAUCCGUCAGGCUCUCGCUUCCUGUUUCCCUCACUCACGAACACACUUCUCCGAUGGGGCAACAACUCAUUUCCAAAGAGUCUUCGACCAAAUUCAAAUCAGAAUCAAUGUUUUCCAUUUUUUAAUUUUUAUUUUUUUUAAUAAACACCGUAACUGAACUUUCCGAUCGCACCUCGUAUGUCUCAUCUUGAUCUAAUCGUGCAAAGUGGGAACACGGCGGUUGUGAAGCCAAACCAGGUUUACUGAAUCUCUGUGCACAGGUUUACAGCCUCGCGCACUGCCGUCACAAACCCCAAAACCUGGGUUAAACCUGAAGUCUCUAAGCCCAGAUCCUGCUUCGUGGUUCAGGCCUCUGUCAGAUCGCUUCAGCUAAUCUCCUGCACGCCACCUAAAAAUAAGCUGAACUACAGGAACUUACCUGAUGUUGGUUAUCAGAGGCAAACUGUGCAGGACCUUCUUUGAAAACGUCCUGAAAUGUGCAGCUUUGUAUUUUAGGAAACUUUGCAGGAAAUCAGCUGAAAAAAUUAAAAUAAAUAUAUAUAAAAAUGUAUAAAAUCAUUUUCAUUUCAAUCUUGAAUUUACAACUCAAACAUAGGAAGUAAAAGCCCAGUAAGAUCGGCGGGCUUCGAACAGACGAGUGGAAAUCAUAAAAAUAUUAUCGAGUUUUAAAUUUUGUGUUCACUAAAAUGUCUUAACCUUCAUGUGACCUCCAGCCUUCAUUUCCUUUCAGAGUUUAUUUUAACUAAACAGAACUAAUAGUUUUAUAUUUUCUUUUUUUUUAAUGCAUCUUUAGUUAAUUCUAUUCCUUUAAAACGUCUCUGUGAUAAAUAUGUAUGAAAGCAGAGAAAGUCCCUGCAAAGCAGCUUUUUCUUCUCUGUUCAAAGACGCGAAGAAGCUUCUGUUUUUACUUUUGAUGCUUUUCUGUGUUUUUGUAUUUAGUCGUUUAAUAGCACACGUGCUGCUUUUAUUUUGUACGUUUUCAAAGGAACUGUACAACCUGUGCUUUUAUUUUGAAGUAUUUUAUUUUCAUGUGCAGCUGCUGGUGCUAGACUUCCUCUUUCUGACUCCCGAUCCAUAAGCCUGCCGAUCGGUUCAUUGGCUGAAACGAUAUAUUUAUUAUUGUAAAAGAUGUUCCUGCUCUUUUUCUCCUUUUCUUUUUUUUAAACUUCGGUCAGAAGUUAAAAUCUGAACAAUGAUUCAUUAAAUUCAAUGAGCACGGCGUGGAAACGUAAACUCAAACUUUUAGUUUCCUGCAGUUUUCUCUGAAAAGCUGUUUCCGCGGGAGGAACUCGAGCUCUUAAACUUUUGCAGCCGAUAUUCUGCGAUAACUUUGACCGUCACGACAAUCCCAAAACACCCCAAAUAACGGCGGGAAGCAAGAUGGAAACACGAGAUAUAAACUGAAGCUACUUUAAGUUUUUUGGAAAGUCCUCGAAUUCAUAUAAUCCCUCCUGACUGUUUCCGUGAAGGCAGAGUGAAAACGGAAAGAUUUUGUGACGUCUGUCCUGAGCCCGCCAAAAACGAGUGAGGCGCGUUGCCAUUGGUCGGUUUUGUCUCGCUUUAGAUGGGUUUCUAGUUUUACAGAUAUCGUGAAGUAUAUCAGAAGCAGUGUGUUUUUUAUAUAUUCAAGUACUUCAUAAAGACCAUACAAUAACAGAGAAAACGCCCAUGGUGACAACGCAAGUGGUGACAGUGGGAAGGAAAAACAUCUUUUUAACAGGAAGUACCCUCCGGCAGAACCAGGCUCAGAAAAGACAGCCACCGGUGCCGGUUUAAGUGGUUAAAUAUCCCGUUUUUGUCUGAAAUAUAUGUCUGUACUCGUUUUUACUGGAGCCUGGUGAGAUGCAAGGAGGUGGUAUGCAGCAAACUUGGCUUACCCCUGAGCACUUCCUGCUCAGCUCAAAGCCUGCAGAAUCUGUUCCGCGAGUUCCUUUGGAGGAAAAAUCCUUUCAGUGAUUUAGCUUCUGAAAAAAUUUCUAAAACUGAAUUUUGGCUUGAUUCCGAGUUCAGCGGGAACAGACGCUCAGCAGCUGCAAAUGAAGCCUGUGUGCAGAAAUCAGUGUUACAGCACGUUUGUUUACAGCAGCAGUGUUUUUAUUUUACUCCGCUCAGCUUCCUGUCACAGACUGUAAAUAAAGAUGGACGACGUGCCGCCUCUUCCUCAGUAUCCCCCGUUCUGGUUUAAUGCGGAAUAACUGACCUCAAUCAGAGAAGCUGCCAAUCAUGGCCACAGACAUCAGUUCUGCGUGCAGACAUCACCCAAUCAAAAAACAGUAAGAAUGUACUUGGAGGGGGCGGGGUUUGUGACCUGUGUACCUACGUUUCCUCACUUCCUGUCAUCCAUCUUUAUGUCCAGUCAGAACAUCUUAAAGAUUAAUGAAGAGGUGAAGAAGGCGUGCUCAACGUGUUUUUGUAUUUUUCAGCACUUUGUAAUUCGCUAUGCAAAAACCACUUUUUCCUUUUAUCAGGAGUUUGUGUUACUGUGCUCUGAUUGGUCACACAGGUCGUCAGACGCAUCGAUGUGUUUGUCAGAGGUCAUAGUUUAGUAGGAAACUGGUGUUUAUUUUAAAUGUGACUUUCAGAUUAAAAGCCUUGUCACUUCAGCACAUGGAAAGACGGAUGGUUUUAAUAAAGUUUUAUAUUUGG